ACGCUAACUACCCUGUUGUCCACCAACAUCAUAUAGCCAUUUCAUGUUCGGGCAGAAUAAUACGUCUGGCUUCGGAGGAACCGGCGCGUUCAGACAGAAUACCCAGCAACAGUCUGGAGGUUUGUUUGGUUCCAAUACGAGCGGCGGCGGUGGCUUGUUUGGAAACCAAAACACAAAUACAGGAGGUUUUGGUCAAAACACAACCAAUAGCUCUUUGUUUGGUUCCGGAACAGGUCUCUUCGGAAACAAUAACACUCAAAAUCAGCAAUCUGCUACUCCAGCGUUCGGUAAUACGUCUGGAGGCCUUUUCGGGCAACAAAAUAACUCUAUGUCUGCAACACCUGCCUUCGGAUCAAAUAACAACAAUACUGGAGGCCUUUUUGGUGGCGUAGGGUCUAAUAAUGCUUUCGGAAACACUUCGAAUACAAAUACAGCAUUUGGCUCACAAAAUAACAACACUGGAGGAACGAGUUUCUUCGGUAACCGUCCCUCGACCGGGUUCGGUUCUAACACCGGUGGUGGUUUAUUUGGAAAUAGUUCGGCGACGACUCCUGCUUUUGGAAAUACAGGAGGUUUCAAUUCAACGAAUGCUGCUGGUGCUGUGACAACGGGUACCAUGAACCCCUCGUACUCAGUUACUUCUGAAAAAGAUCCUCAAAGCAAUGGUAUGAACCACUUCCAAUGUAUCAGUUGUAUGCCUGCUUAUAGAAAUUAUUCGCUGGAAGAAUUACGGUUGCAAGAUUAUAACCAGGGUCGUCGUAAUAACUCUACCGCUCCAGCUACAACCGGCUUCGGCCAACCUUCGACAACAACAACUACUACUGGCUUUGGUGGUUCCAACCUUUUUGGAAACACCAAUUCCACAAAUACUACUACUCCUUUUGGCGCAAACACGACUGCUUCAAAUACCGGUACUGGAAAUCUGUUUGGUGGCGGCACUACCGGUGCUUUCGGACAGAAAGCCACGCCCGCUUUUGGCGGCUCUAAUGCACCGGGUACUGGUACUACCGGUACUGGUUUGUUUGGACAAACUAAUACUACUGGCGGUGGCCUGUUUGGUGGUAACACUAACACUGCCUUUGGUCAAAAGCCUGCUACUUCGGCCUUUGGUUCUGGCGGUGGUUUUGGCACAAACACUGGAACAACCGGUGGCUUGUUCGGUGCGAAUAAUACUGCUAAUCAAGCGAACACCGGAACUACCGGCGCUUUCGGUAGUGGAGGUUUCGGUUCAAAUACAACCAACACGUUUGGUAAUGCGAACGCUGCAAACAACACUGCUGGUACUACCACAGGAGGAACUGGUUUGUUCGGAUUCGGCGCGAAUGCAAACACUAAUAACGCUGCUACCACGAACACUCAGCCUUCUACUGGCUUUGGUACGGGAAAUACGGGGUUCUCUUUCGGACAAAAUGCCGCUGCUAAUACCUCUAAACCUGGUGGAUUUUCCUUUGGAGCUGCAAAUACCACUACUCCUGCGGCUACGACUGGUUUUUCAUUUGGUCAGAACAAUGCUGCCGCGAAUAAGCCUGCCACCACUGGUUUGUUCGGCAAUACAGCCAAGCCUGCUGGCACCGGGCUGUUUGGUGGUGCCACUACUGGAGGUACUACUGGAACAGGAUUAUUUGGUAACACGGCCGCCAAUACUAAUACAACGGCAGGUACUGGAGGUGGUUUGUUUGGUAACGCAGGUGCUACAACAACACCUAGCCUCUUCGGCAAUAAUGCUGGAGCUGGCAAUGUUGCGGCAACCGGUUUACAGAAUAAACCUGCCACAACUACUCCUUCGUUAUUUGGUAAUACCGCCAACACUGCUAAUACAACGGCGCCUAAUGUUGGUUUGUUCGGAAAUACAUCCACAGUAACCCAGCCCACGACGUUCGGCUCCGGUGGUUUGUUUGGUAAUAAUGCACAACCGGCACAGAACCAACAACCGUUGGUUGCUAGCAUUGAUCAAAAUCCAUAUGGAAACAACCCUCUGUUCUCCACUGCUUCCGGUCAAGCACCUGCUGCUAUGCAGGAGCCUAUUGCUUCACCUUUGUCUACAAAAUCUGUUCCCAAAAAGUCUGCAUCUCUUCCCCAGUUCUGGCUUUCCCCUCGUUCUUCAUCCAACGCCAAACUGGCCUCCAUUGCAACUUUUACGGGAGCUAAUGUUUUAAAGUCAACUGUCCUUCCUCCCAAACAAAAAUCUUUGCAUCUUUUUGAAUCCCUUAACGACGAUCUCUUUUUGAAGCCCGAUGCAUUUGCUCCUCGUCAAAAUGUGAAGAAGCUGGUAAUCGAUAGGAAGCAUUCUGACAAAAGCUUAUUGCAGGGAGUAUCUAAUGCUCCUGAGCCUUCUCUUAAGCUUCUUCCUGCGUCGCAUACCUCUGAAUCUUCGUCCUCUGAGAGCAAAACUCAAAAAGCAGCAGAAUUACACGAUGAUUAUUGGAUGAGUCCAUCGCUUCAGGACUUGUUGUCUUAUUCCGAAGAGCAACUUCGUGCUGUUCAUCAAUUUGCCGUUGGUCGUAAGGGCUACGGCAAGGUACAAUUUUUAAAGCCUGUUGAUUUGUCCGCUUUUGCUUCUCUCGAAAGAAUCCCGGGUGAAGUUGUAGUGUUUGAGAAGAAGAUUUGCUCCGUUUAUCCGGAUGGUCAAAGUCCUCCUCUGAAUGAAGGUCUUAAUGUACCAGCUAUCAUCACAUUAGAAAAUGCGUGGCCACUGUCUCGCGAAACUCGUGAGCCUAUUAAAGAUACCCAAAAUCCUCGUUAUGUUCAGCAUAUCAAUCGUUUGAAAAAGAUGAGAGACACUGAAUUUAUUGAAUUUAAGGACGGAAACUGGAUCUUCAAAGUGCAACAUUUUUCCAAAUAUGGACUUUUAGAUGAUGAAGACGAAGACGAAGAUGAAGAAAACACUGAGGAACGUGUUGGUCAAAAUGAACCCAAAAAGUACGGACAAAAUUUACACCAAGUGAAUGAAACUGAUGAUGUAUAUCUAACUCACCUUACUCCAGGGGCUUUUCCAGUACAAACUAGUCAAGCUGGAACUCAAACACAUUAUCAGGAACCUUCGUUUAUUAGAGAUUCUUUCGGCCCGGAGGACACGUUCACAUUCAAAAAGCCAAAACUGCACAACGAGGUAAUCAAGCCUCUUGUUUCAGACAACUAUGAACCUAACAUCACAUUUGGUUAUUCUUCGGAGAUGCUCGAUGCGACAGAUGAGAAGAAAAGUACAUCGGAUGCAAGUGAUGCAGAGGUUGAGUCGGAAAUGAAUGUUUCCGAGUCCUCUUCCUCGGCUUCUGAACAUUACGAGAGUGAACACAGUUUUGCGUCGAGUUUGACAGGAUCGUCCUUGUAUUCACCUUCUGAAAACGACGUGCCUGUCAGCGAUGCCGGCGUCGCAGUUGUUGACGAGGACUAUCAAAGUGAGUCUCCCUUGGAGCGUGGUUUAAUUCGCUGUGAUACAUGGGUUCAACAGCUUGAACAUAAUUUCCAGCGUGCUACGUUAUUGUUAAGCAAAAAUAUAUCGUCUUCUGUACCGAGAGAUGAUCCCGUGCGUGGAUAUGACAGUAGUGCGCUUGAAAAGGACAUAUUUAACGAUGAUGACGAGGGGAGUGUCAUGCGUCCAUGGCUCGCUUUUGACGAAAAACCUUUAAUUGUAAACCCUACUGUUCGUUGGCUACCCGGAAAUAAGGCAAUUCUUGUUAACAAGCGCUCCAUCAAUUUCGUGCAAAAUAUGACUAAAUCGACCGUUUCGUCUCCAAGCCUUUUACCCAUGCUUACGGUCCAAUACCAUCAGACUGAAAUUAUGGAAGACAUUCUUGGCGUUCCUAUUGCUUCAACGCGUCCGUCAUUGUAUGCAAACGAGCUUUCUAAAAGGUCAACCGGUGAAGAAAGCACCGCAUGGAAGCUGUGUUCUAUUCUGUUUGAUCCUAAACGAUACGACUUCCCCGACGAUCUUGACGAGGAAUCCAGUUUUCGGUUACAAAAACGAAUUGAUCGGGAAACCCUCUCCGAGUGGCUUACUAGCGAAGUUAAAGAAUACAUUAUGGACGCUUAUGAAAAGUGUAAUGAUCCCGAACAGCGCAUCUUUAUCUUGCUCACAGGAAAUCAGAUCGAGCGUGCCUGCGAAGAAGCUAUCGCAACAAACAAUAAACGCUUGGCCACCGUAAUCCCUAUGGCGAAUAGUGACUUGGAAACACAAGCGGAAUUGAGACAACAGAUUGAUGAGUGGAAGUCUCGAGGUGAUUUGCCUUAUGUGACUAAGUACACUCGAUUGAUCUUUGAGCUGCUAUCCGGUAACACUGGAUUCGCGGAGGGUGUGGAAGACGGCGUUGAAAAUGUUUAUAUUUCUGAGGGCCUUCCAUGGAAAGUAGCAUUUGGCUUAAAACUGUGGUACAAUGUCGAUAUUAGUAUCCAGGAAGCAAUGGCACUUUACAUAUCUGACCUUGAAACAUACGGGGAUCGACUGAAGUCACCGAUAGAAACAAGUCCCGAUGGUAUUCAGUAUUCUGACAUGUUUUUCGAGCUGCUUCAACUUUACUCUUUUGGUGGAAACUUGGAAGAUGUUGUGACCGCAAGAUUGUCUUCUGGUGAAAGGUGUGACGAGCGCUUGAUUUGGCAACUUCUUAUGUACCUUGGACGCUCACAUUCAAUUUGUGAUUUCUCUGAUCGCCUUUCCGCAGCGUCGCUGGAUGAGAGUGGUUUACUAGAGAUGGAUGUUGAAAACGACGUCGAAUGCAAACCCAUUAGUGUAUUAGCUGACCAGAUCACCAAGUCUUUUGCUUCUGCGCUAGAGAAUUGUGAUGAAUGGGGAUGGUCUGUCUUCGUGCUUUUGCAUGAGGAGAAUGCACAAUCGCGAAAGGCAGAUAUCCUUGAUUGCUUAGCUCGCAAUGUUCCAAACUUUUCGGAAGAAAGCAAGCAGCGGCUUGAAGCCAUGCAUAUUCCUACUGAGUGGGUGAAUGAGGCUCUUGCACUGUAUGCUCGCUAUGAAAGAGACUAUGUAAAUGAAGUGCGUUUCUUGCAAACUGCUGGUCUGUUUGAGGAGGCUCAAAAACGGUUGUUGUUGACCAUUGCUCCUCAAGCAGUUAUUUCAAGUGAGUUUGCAGACUUGGAGGUCCUGUUAGACAACUUCAGUGAAGUUGCUGAUGGCCUUGCAGGAUGGUGCUUUGGUGGACAAGUGUAUAAAGACUAUGUGUACCUAGUACGCAAUUACAACACUCUUCGUGCAGACGAAUUCCAGACUGUCUUGCGUCGUCUGCUUAUGGCCUUACCGGAAGUGCCUACAGUCACUUUGGUGCAACGGGCCGCUGUUGAAAAGAUGGCUUACUUCACCAGUGAAGCCAAUGCUUUGUCUGGAAACGGACCAUGCAUGAAUUUGCCUUUGCCUUCUGAAGGGCGUGCUCUUAGUCUUCGCUGCUCAGUGUCGAGUGCCUUUGAUUAAAUAAUGAAAUGAUGUCUGGUUUCAACGAUUAAAUAAAGCGUGUAAAAUAUAGCAAAUAACUAUUACUCAAUACUCGAAAUACAUUCUAUAGUACCUGUGGAGUUGUAGUAGAGCGGCUUCGCAGCUUUUAUCUUUUACGUCC